AUGUCGGACGGCGGCCUCCUUACGUCGUCUGAAGUUUUGUAUACGAAUUCCGUUACUGCAGUACCUAAUGAUGAUACAUCAACGAAAAGAAUGGUUGCUCAUUCUCAUGAGCAUGGAUUUUCAGAUCAGGUUCGAAUACCAAAUGUGAUAGUGAUGGUUGGUUUGCCGGCCCGAGGAAAAACAUACAUUUCGAAGAAACUUUGUCGAUAUCUGAAUUGGAUUGGCAUUAAGACUAGAGUAUUUAAUGUCGGUGAAUAUCGUCGUACAGAAGCAAAUGCUGCUGAUGCUGUACAUGGAGCGAAUGCCUCGUUCUUCUCACCAAGCAAUGCUGCUGCUCUUAAAGUACGAAAUGAGUCCGCUCGGAGAGCGAUGAAUGAUAUGGCAGAUAGUUUGAAGUCGGGCAUCUGUAACGUCGCGAUAUUUGAUGCCACGAAUACGACAAGAGAACGUCGAAAAACACUUAAUGACUUUUGUCAAAAGAAUUGGUUACGUUGUUUUUUUAUUGAGUCUGUAUGUGACGACGAGCGUAUUAUCGAUAGCAAUAUUACGGACGUCAAGGUGAAUUCUCCUGAUUACAAGGGAUUAAUGUCAGCCGAGCAAGCAAAAGAGGAUUUUCUAAAACGAAUCGAAAACUAUAAACAACAGUAUCAACCACUGGAUGAAGUCGAUGAUGAAGCGCUGAGUUUUAUAAAGGUUAUCAAUGCGGGACGUUCAUUUUUCGUACACAACGUUCAAGGUCAUGUUCAAAGUCGUGUUGUCUAUUUCCUAAUGAACAUCCAUCUACUGCCACGGAGUAUUUUCCUAACCAGGCAUGGUGAAAGCGAAUACAACGCAAUGGGACGCCUCGGCGGUGAUUCUCCAUUAACACCUGAAGGUGAAAAGUAUGCCGAAGCUCUUAGUAAAUUUUUCGAAAAUGAGAAAAUUGCCGACCUUCGAAUUUGGUGUUCUCAAAAGGUCCGUGCUGCGCAAACAGCACAAAGACUGAAGCCGGCGUUUCACACUGAAUAUUGGAAAGCGUUGGAUGAAAUAGAUGCUGGAAUAUGUGAGGGACUAACGUACGAUGACAUCCAACAGAGGUAUCCUAAGCAGGCAGAGGAUCGCGCCCGAGACAAAUACCAUUAUCGAUAUCCGUCUGGGGAGUCCUACGAAGAUGUAGUUUCACGGCUAGAACCAGUUAUCAUGGAAUUGGAGCGGCAGGCGAACGUGCUGGUGGUUUCACAUCAAGCCGUUCUUCGUUGCAUUCUUGCGUACUUCUACGACAGGACAUUGGAUGAACUACCUUAUAUUGAUUUGGGACUACACUCACUCGUUAAACUUACGCCAAGGGCGUAUCAUUGCGAUUCGACUCUCUACCACUAUGAUGUCUCCAAAGAUACGGUUAGUUAUAAGGCUGUAAUUUGUAAUUUUCCAGUAGUCCGCCAUCCUAUUCUUCCAUAUCGAGGAUAA